AUGUCGAAUGGUACUACUGCGGUGUCUCGUGGAGUUCCAACUAUUCUAUCACAGUUUGCUCCUAAAAAUAGAAUUUAUAAUAAAAGGUGGAAAAAAGAUGUUGUGUAUCUUUACCAAUUUAGUCGAGCUCCGUCAUCACCAAAUAUUUCACCGUUCUGUUUCAAAGUUGAAACCUGGUUACGAGCAAACAAACUGAAAUAUGAGCUGUGCAAUUACUGGGAUUUUCAACCAUGGGAAAGAUAUUUCCCAUUCAUAGAGUUAAAUGGAGAAAGAAUUUUCAAUUCACAGCUGAUCGUGGAGCAACUGCAGAAACGUUUCAACUUAAAUGAUCAGUUGAAGGAAGUUGAUGUUGGUGUUGCGCGGGCUAUUGAUCAGAUGAUUGAACGCAAUACACAUUACCUGUUGCUUUAUUUCAUAUUCGUAGAAAAUUUGCCUAAAUUUCUGCAAGGACUGGAACUUUCGUUAAUCAAACGAUGGUUUAUUCAUAGUACAAUAUCUUCUUUCCAUAGCAAGGUACAGCGAAUAUUCGUAGAUAUGGGCCUUGUUAAAUGUUCGCGAGAUGAUCUUAUUGAUAUGCUGCAGAAAGAUAUUGCUGCGAUUGAUGUCAUCUUAGGCGAUAAAAAAUUUUUAUUUGGCGUGAAACCUACUGCGUCUGAUUUCACGGUUUUUGGACAUUUGGCUACAUCGUAUUAUUUACCAUUUCGUCAGCCAAUAACAGAUAUAUUAGAUGAUAAAUAUCCACGAGUCAAAAGAUUGAUUGAGCGAAUGCGGCAACAUUAUUAUCCAGAAUGGGAAUUUAAUACGUAA